UUUCAGCAGAUAAUAAUAAUUUAAUCAAUACCGCCAAUAUUCAUGAUAAUCAUCAUCAACAACAUAUGUCCAUCAAUCAGUGAUUCAUGAGUUAAAAUCAACAACGAUGGCUAGUGCAUCAGUGAGUCUAGCCCAAGCGGCUACUACAACAACGGCACCGGUUGUAGCUAUGGUCACCAGUAAUGGUGGCGAUGGUGGUGAUGGUAACGAAAAUAUUGAUUCACCAAUGUCGAAUUCAUCAUCAACAGCUGUGGCCGCAACAACAACAACGACAACGAUGAUUGGACAGCCACCAAAUCAAUUAACAUUACAACAAUUUAAACAACAAUUAAUUGAAUUAAAACAACAACAACAAAUACAACAACAGCUUUUAUUACAACAUUUUCAACAACAACAACAACAAUUGAAUGAACAUCAUGAAAAACAAUUACAGGAACACAUUCGUGAAUAUAUUGAAAAACAGAAAAUUGAAAGAGAAAAAUCUGAACAAAAACAAGCGGCAGCAGCAGCAGCAGCCGCUGCACAAGCACAAUUAGCUGCUGCUGCGGCUACACAAGCUCGUGUUGAACAACAACAAAUAGAACGUGAUCGACAACAACAACAACAACAGGAAAAAGAAAUGCUGAAAUUAAAGAAAAAAGAUGGACCAUCAGCUAGUGCAUCGAUGGAAGUGAAACAACGUUUACAGGAAUUUGUUUUAGCUAAAAAACAACGUGAAGCAGCAGCGGCGGCAGCAGCCGCAGCAGCUGCUGCAGCUACCGGUGGAAAUAAUUCCAUUGUUACGUCAUCAUCAACGACGGCUGGUAUAGCCGGUACACCAUCACCACCAACACCGUCAUCGACAACAUCAUCAUCACGUAUUCAACCAUGGCAUACGACAUUAGGCAAAUAUGAUAAUGAUUUUCCUUUACGUAAAACCGCAUCCGAACCUAAUCUUAAAGUCCGAUCUGCGCUAAAAGCUAAAGUGAUCCAACGUCGUAGUUCACCAUUGCUUCGUCGUAAAGAUAAACCAUCACCGCUUAAACGUCGCACCAUGUCAAAUGAUGUAUCUAAUGGCAUUCCAGAAAAUUCUUGUUCCCCACCUAGUGGUGGUGUACUAAGUCAUCAAUCGAGCUUUGGUUCCGGUGGUUCAGGAUCAACACCUAUACAAGAGGAAUCAAGUCAAUCACCAUUCAAUGGUUUGGCACAAAAUUCUUCAGCAUGUGAUCUAGCAGCAUUAUAUUCAUCACCAUCAUUGCCAAAUAUUUCACUUGGUCGACCACAUCAUCAUGUACCACCGACGAAUACAACAUCGGUUAUAACGUAUCCAUCGGAUAUAAAACCAACGACAGUAACGAAUAUGAAUGAAAUACAAAUGCGAGCAUUACGUUUUGGUAUGACAUUAGCGGCAGCUGCCGCAGCUUCAUCGUCACAAACAUCAUCCGCAUCAUCUGUCCAUUCCUCCUCUCAUGCACCAUUCUUUCCAUCAUUACCGGUCAUUGAAGGUGAUUUUACUCCACCAUCCAGUCCUAAUUAUUUACAAAAACAAUUGAAAAUAUUGGAAGAAACAGCAGCAAGAACGACAACGACUGUGAACAACAACACUAUGUCAAAUGGUCCAUCAUCAACAUCCCAAUCACCCAUUCAAUCAUCAACAAAUCCAUCAGCACCCUCAUCAUCCGCAUUGAAUCAAGCAUUCUCACCUGCACAGGCUGCAUUAGCUAACUCGGUUGCAUUAUAUUCAUAUGCAACGGCAGCUGCAGCUGUAGGCAUUCCAGUAACAGAUAAUAAUAUGACUGCUGCUUCCGCCGCUGCUGCCAUUUCGUCCAUUUAUCAACAAAGAUUAUCGACCAAUAAUAAUAAUAUCGGCGGCGGAGGCGGUGGUGGUGGUGGUACAUAUUCAAUAACGGCCGGUGGACCAAUACGACCAACUGCAGCAUUACAUGCUGCAAGAAUAGUACAGCGACCAUUAGGCCGAACACAAAGUGCACCAUUGCCAUUAGGUCAUCCUGCAUUAUUAUCAUCUGGUGGAUCAUCUAAUAGUACAGGUCAGCAAUCAUCAUCAUUGACAAAACCAUCACCAACAACAUCUAGUCUAGUUAAGCAACACAUACGUAAUGCUGUAUUGACAAGGGCUUCAAGUAAAGGACAAAUGGUCGAAAAUGUUGAAGAAGAAACUGAAGCAGCAGUUGCGGCCGAAGCAGCAAUGAUGACGCAAGAAUCAAAUGAUCAACAAGCAUUAAAAAAGACCAAAGGAAAUCCUGAAGACAUAUCUGAUCAGGUGAUUGAUUUGACCAAAAAACGAUCGGCUAGUGAAGAAGAAAAAUCAUCAUCAACUAGUCCAAAUGCAACAACAACAACAACAACAACAUUAAAUCAAAAUACAGCUACAGCUGCCGAUUUAAUGUUUCCAACAAACUUAUCACCAUUUCGUUUAACAUCAACAGCUAGCGCAAGUAAUAUUCAACAAGCCCUACAACAACAACAACAAAUUCAACAACAACUCCAACAACAACAACAAUAUUGUUUACCAUUUUUAGGUUUAACAAAUACGGCACCUGCAACAACAACAUCGAUAUUACCAACAACACCAUUAGCUACGUAUCCAAUUAUUGAUCCAACAUGGGCUGCAUUCUAUCAAAGAGCUAUUACUGGAAGUGGUGGUAAUAAUUUUCUACAAUCAGCCACCAGUAAUAGCGCUUUCCGUUCACCAUUAUUAUCUGGUACAGCAGCAGCAGCAGCAGGAACAACUGCAGCUCAAUUAUUAAUGCAUCAUCAUCAUCAUCAUCCACAGACGCAAAAUACUCAUCCACAUUAUCUACAUUUGAAUCAUCAAUAUCCUCCUCAUCAUCAUCAUCAUAAUUAUCAGCCAAUGAAUCCUGGUAGACCAUUAUCUCGCACAUUAUCUAGUCCACAAGUGAUGCUUAGUCACAAUAAUAAUGCUAAUAACAAUAGUGGCCAUAAUACCUCACCUGGAAGUCCAGUAACAGGAACAACUAGUCCAGAUUUGAUUGUUGGUAAUAAUAAUUAUCAACAACAACAACCACCGCCACCACAACCAACACCAAAUGGAAAUUAUCGUUUUACAACAGCAUUAGUAUAUGAUAGUUUUAUGCAAAAACAUCAAUGUAAUUGUAAUGAUACAUUUCAACAUCCUGAACAUGGUGGUCGUUUACAAAGUAUUUGGGCACGUAUUACCGAAACAGGAUUAGCUGGACGUUGUGAGCGUGUUCGAUCUCGAAAAGCCACUUUGGAUGAGAUACAAAUUUGCCAUAGUGAAGCUUAUACAUUAUUAUUUGGAUCCUCAUUACAUAAUCGUCAUAAGAUUGAUCCAGCUAAAUUAGCUGAUUUACCUAUCAAAUCAUUAGUCAUGUUACCAUGUGGCGGAAUCGGUGUCGAUUCGGAUACGACAUGGAAUGAAAUACAUACAGCUGGUGCAGCUCGUAUGGCUGCCGGCUGUGUAAUCGAAUUAGCAACUCGUGUUGCGUUGAAAGAAGUCAAAAAUGGCUUCGCUAUUGUACGUCCACCUGGUAGUCAUGCUGAAUAUCAGCAACCGAUGGGUUUCUGUUUUUUCAAUUCAUUGGCAAUUGCGGCAAAAAUUUUACAACAAAAACUAAGUUUAAAACGAAUAUUAAUCGUGGACUGGGAUGUACAUCAUGGUAAUGGAUUACAACAAUCAUUCUAUGAUGAUCCAGGUGUCUUAUACAUUUCACUGCAUCGUCAUGAUGAGGGUAAUUUUUUCCCUGGUACUGGUGAUCUAACCGAAAUCGGUAUUGGCCCUGGUAUCGGUUUCAAUGUGAAUAUUGGAUUCAAUGGUGCAUUGAAUCCACCGAUUGGUGAUGCAGAAUAUGUUGCUGCAUUUCGUACGAUCGUGAUGCCUAUUGCUCGUCAAUAUGAUCCCGAAAUUGUUCUAGUCGCAUGUGGUUUUGAUGCUGCACGUGGACAUCCACCACCAUUGGGUGGUUAUCUUGUUUCACCUGCAUGUUUUGCUUAUAUGACACAACAAUUAUUAACAUUAGCCAAUGGUCAAGUGGUUAUGGCAUUGGAAGGAGGCUAUGAAUUGACAGCUAUUUGUGAUUGUGCACAAGCUUGUGUAUCUGCAUUACUUGGUGAUCAGGUGACAGCAAUUUCUGAUGAAGAAAUUACACGUAAACCAACGCCGAUCGCUGUCAAUCUAUUGAAUCGUGUCAUACAGAUUCAAUCUCAACAUUGGUCAAAUCUACGACGUUAUGCACAUCUGGUCAAUUGUGAUGCAUUAGAAGCACAACGUAAAGAGAUUGAAGAAUGUGAAACAGUAUCCGCAAUGGCUUCAUUGACCAUGACACAUGUACAAAGCCCAGAAUCGACAACAGAACAAACGGAAAUCAUAUUGGAUGAACCAAUGGAAGAAGAUGGUGGUAACGGUGGUAAUGGUAGCAAUGAAACUGGUGGUGGUAGAGGUGGCGAUGGUGAAAAAUAACAAAAAAAAAAACAAAUAAAAUAAUCGACCAACCACAGGAAAAAAAGCCGAAACCAAAAUUUCAUUAUUCGUGAAAGAAAAAAAAACCUUUUUACAAACAAACGAAAAAAUCAUUUCAUCAUUCUCCCUCCUUCAUUUACUACCUGU